CCAUUGGCUGCAACACGUGUUGAUCCAGGCGCCCGAUUGGCGUCAGGCAUGCGCCCGCUCCGGAACACCGCCAUUUGGGCGAUCGUGGCCCUCCUCAAAGGGUACGUGAAGAUACGCGCACUCGUGCGCACUUCACGGCACGAGGCGUGGGACGAGGAAUUCCUCGCAGAGCGUCUCACCACGAGCGUGGCCGAGAGGGAGUCGGAGUUGCUCGCCCGAGUGGCGGGCAGCUUGUACAAGACCGAUGGCUGCAUCGAGGUGCCGGGGCGGCCAGGAUCGACUGGUGACCUAUCGUUGUACGGACAGCGCGUUCAAACCUCCACUGUGUUUCAAACUCCCUUGCCAGCCUUGUCCAUUAUAUACAUAUACAUGUAUCCCUCACCCGGACUGCAGGUAGGCGAUUCGGAGGCAUGA